UGCGUAGUUGUAGCAACUUCCGGCAACUCCACUUCCGCCAUCUGUUGGUUCGUCUCCACGUGCCUUUAAUGAUUUCAGGAGAAAAAAAAGUUUCCUUGGUUUUUUUAAAUAUUUCUCGAUUAACACUUCGCAGCUAUGGGGAAAAUCAAAGGAGAUAAACACAAAUCCAAGAACCCGCACCUGGCCGACCAGAUUCUCGAGGAUAAAUCCGUUAGACCCCCGGGCAGAACCAAAGAUAAACAAAAUCGCCAAGACAGCGAUGACGAAUUUGUCGAUGAGAAAUUGUCCCGUAAGAUCUUGGAGCAGGCACGUGCCCAACAAGAAGAGCUUGAAGAAGAACACGGCAUUAAUAAAUCACAGAUAAAGAAGAAAAAGAAAGUUUCAUUGGACAUUUGCCCAACUCAGCAUUCUGAAGAUGAAGAAUCUGACAAAUCGGAUUCUGAAUGUUAUGUCGAGCAAGAAAUUCCUGUCAGCAAAGAAGAUGAAGAAGCGCUGGAAAGGUUCAUGUCCAAACAACCUCCGAAACGUCUCUGUCUGGCAGAUAUCAUUAUGGAGAAACUAUCAGCAAAGCGAACAGAAAUCAACUCUGUACUCUCAGACAAUGACGGGGUCGAAGUGAAGGAGAUGGACGAACGAGUUGUUGAGAUGUACCGAAAUGUCCGCAACAUUCUCAGUGUUUACAGAAGUGGUAAACUGCCCAAACCAUUCAAAAUUAUACCGUCUUUGAGGAACUGGGAACAGGUGUUACACAUUACACGACCAGAGCAGUGGUCAGCUGCAGCCAUGUACCAAGGAACCAGAAUAUUUGCAUCAAAUCUCAAUUCAAAAAUGGCUCAGAGAUUUUUCAACUUGGUUCUGUUACCAAGGAUACGAGAUGAUAUUGGCCAAUAUAAACAAUUGAAUUAUCAUUUAUACAUGUCCUUGCGAAAAGCUUUAUUUAAACCAGCUGCUUUCUUCAAAGGCAUCCUUAUUCCCCUCUGUGAGGCUGACUGUACACUGAGAGAAGCAACAAUCGUCGCCAGCAUCCUCAUCAAGUAUUCUGUCCCAAUGCUUCACGCAGCCGCGGCGAUGCUCAAGUUAGCCGAGAUGAGCUAUAACGGUGGUACGUCCAUCUUCCUCAGAGCUCUCAUCGAUAAGAAAUAUGCUCUUCCAUACCGUGUCAUUGAUGGAAUCGUUUACCAUUUCCUUGGAUUCUCCCGAGAACAGCGUCGAUUGCCCGUUCUGUGGCACCAGUGUUUCCUAACGUUUGUUCAGCGCUACAAAGAAAAUGUCUCCAGUGAACAAAAGGAAUCCUUGCUCGAAGUAUUGAGGGUUCACAACCAUGCAGAAAUUACCCCAGACAUUCGGUGGGAACUUCUCAAUUCCAAGUGCCGGGAUGAUGUAAAAGAGGAGCCCUCAACAAUGGAUGUUCAGUGAUUACAGAAGAAUGAUUUGAUAGUUUGUAAAUAAACAUGGACAAAAAUGGAACUAUA